UCUCUCUCUCUCUCUCUCUGUGAGUAUAGGAAAAUGGGUGACAUAUCUUUCUCGAAUGGGAUUAGCAAUGGGAAUGGCUUUCAUGGCAAUGGCCAUUCGGUGGGAGGAGCACAAAGAAAGAGCUGUUGGUAUGAAGAAGAAAUUGAAGAGAACUUGAGAUGGUGCUUUGCUCUCAAUAGCAUUUUGCACACAGGAGCUACUCAAUUCCAGGACAUUCAACUUUUGGACACAAAGCCCUUUGGAAAGGCUCUAGUCAUUGAUGGAAAACUUCAAAGUGCAGAGAUAGAUGAAUUCAUCUACCAUGAAUCUCUUGUCCACCCAGCACUUCUUCACAACCCAAAUCCCAAGAGCAUCUUUAUCAUGGGGGGAGGUGAGGGUUCUACUGCAAGAGAAUUACUGCGGCACAACACUGUAGAGAAGGUGGUCAUGUGUGACAUUGAUGAGGAGGUGGUGGAUUUUUGCAAGUCCUACUUGGUGGUUAACAGUGAAGCUUUCUGUGAUCCAAGACUUGAGCUCAUUAUAAAUGAUGCCAGAGCUGAGCUUGAAAGGAGAGAAGAGUGUUAUGAUGUGAUCAUAGGGGACUUGGCAGACCCAAUCGAAGGAGGCCCGUGUUACCAGCUCUACACCAAAUCCUUUUAUGAAUUCACUGUCAAACCAAGACUUAAUCAAGAUGGCGUUUUCGUGACACAGGCAGGACCAGCUGGUGUUUUCAGCCACACAGAAGUUUUUUCUUGCAUCUACAAUACUUUGAGGCAGGUUUUCAAAUAUGUUGUAGCAUACUCUGCUCAUAUUCCUUCCUAUGCGGACAUUUGGGGAUGGGUCAUGGCGUCAGAUUCACCAUUUCUGCUGAAUGCCGAUGAAAUGGACUUGAGAAUGAAACAGAGGAUUAAAGGAGAAAACAGAUUCCUAGAUGGCAAAACCUUCACAUCAGCCUCUACCUUGAGCAAAGCUGUUCGGAAAUCACUGGACACUGAGACACAUGUUUACACAGAAGGCAAUGCAAGGUUCAUAUAUGGUCAUGGCACUGCCUACAAACACAACAAAGCCUAAGAAUCGGAACAUAAAGGAGCCCUUACUGGAAGCACAGAGACACAGAAGAGUGCAACCCCUAAACAAUCUUGCCCUUGUUUUAUGCUUACUCAGUUUUCUACUGUAUUUUCCUUUUUCUUUCAGUUUUCUUUUUGCUUAUGCACUUACCUGAAAGGAAUGAUAUAAUGACAGUCUAUCUUUGUUUGUGUUCAAGACUAGAUUUCCCCUGUUAAUUGUACAAUUUGAAACAGAAUCUGGAAGCUAAUACACUUUAUAUAAGCCUGUAUUACCCACCCUUGGACUAGGAAAGAACACAAUGCCAAUUGUAGUCCCGAUGUAAGGAAUAGACAGUUACACGAAAAAUGCGGUCAAUACAACCAAAACAUCACUUUACAACCCAAGUCAAUUCGCGAGGUUUUCUAAAUCCACCAGUGAU